AUGAAGGAAAAAAUAUCAAAAUUCCAGAUCAGAAUUGAAGAUAACAUCUUAAAAGGACCAGAAAUUCUAGUGAAUAAAGAACCUCUAGCUGAAAUGCUAUUAAACACCUUGAGAAGUAAGCCUGACUGCAUCGGCCAGGUAGAUAGUUUUACGGGUAAACAGUGCACAUAUGCCGACAUGAGUAAGCGCAGUAUUAGAUGCGCACUUUGGUUACAACAACAGGGCAUGAAAUCGGGCGAUAUAAUCGGUCUUUGUACUGAUAGUAAUCUAGAUGCGAUUAUAGUAUUGUUGGGCGUUAUGUACUUAAAUGGCAAAUGCAAUACGUGGGAUUAUGAGCUUUCUUUAAUGACAGCACGAUACUUUCUUUCAUUAACGUUGCCAAAAAUAAUUUUUACGAUACCAAUAUCGGCCGCGACUUUGAAGGAAGCAGCAAAAGAAUUGAAAUUGGAUGUAAAAAUAGUGGUUCUCGGCAAGUUAGAUGGAUACGAGUCGAUGGAUGAUAUAAUAAAGGAUAACGAUAGUCGCGAGAUUGCCGAAUUCAAAUGUACUCCAAUCAGCAAUUCUAACGAAGCUAGUUUCAUUGUUUUUUCUUCAGGUACCACGGGUAUGCCAAAGGCUACUGAGAUCAUAUAUUCUAGUUUGCAUUACUGCCUGUAUCCCCAAAAAAUCGCUAAACUGACAAAUAAUGUUUUCUACAUUCAUUCGACAUUACGAUGGAUUUAUGGCAUUUCGAUAGCAUUGCAGGCUAUCGUAUCAUAUUCAACUACAAUUUUAGUACCAAAAAGUUUGAUAGAUAUUGAUGCCGAGUACAUUUGCAAGAUUGUCGAAAAAUAUCAAGUAACGUUAAUUGCUACUAUUCCAAACACUCUAAUCAAUUUUAUUAAGAUGGAUUUGUUGAAAAAGUAUCACUUACCGACGUUAAGGAUUGUUUUUGUUACUGGUUCUAACUUCCCAAAACAAUAUCAAGAAACAUUUGCAAAAAAAUUACCACAUGUUUUAAUCACGAAUAUAUAUGGAUCUACUGAUGUAGGACGUAAACUCACUGAACAAAGUGAGCACUAUAAACCGGGAUCCGUUGGUUUUCUUGAACCUAAUGUUCAAAUAAAAGUGACGGACACAAAAACGGAAGAAGCCUUGGGAAUUAAUAAAAUUGGAGAAAUACGUGUCAAAACGCCCACAAUAAUGAAAGGCUACUACAGGGAUCCCGAAGCAACCAAAAAUGCUUUUGAUUCUAACGGUUGGUUUCGUAUUGGCGAUGUGGGAUAUUAUGAUGCCAACGGAGAGCUCUUCAUCGUUGGUAGAAUAUCUGAGUUUAUUAACUUUAAAGGAAGCAACAUUUUACCUGAGGAAAUCGAAACUGUUUUGCAGACUCAUCCUGCAGUAUUAAGAGCAGCAGUAAUAGGAAUACCUCAUGAAAUCGAUAAUGAGCAUCCAAUGGCUAUCGUCUCUGUAGCACGAGAUAAAACGGUAACAGAGCAA